AUGACCUCCGAUCAGACACCAUCCAGGCCGGGCUUAUCACUCUAUGCGAAUUUACUUGACCCCUCUGCCGAAUCCCCAGCCCCGGGGACAAUCUCGCGCGCGCCCGUCGUCUUCAAGCAAAGCUCUGAAGACAAUGCGCAGUCAGAUGAAGCUGCUAAGAAGCAGCAGUUGAACCCUGCUGCUCUCCGAUUCCAACCCACCAGGAGACCCCAGUUAUCAGCGCAGAAACCGAAACCCAAACCGACAUUACCCAAGGCCAUUGCUGCGGCUGCUAAUCCGUCUGCGGCUGCUCCGCCCGUAAUGACCACUCUGGCAGACUGGGCCGCCGAAAAUGACGAUGUUAAUGGCUUCUACGCUGGAGAAAAGAGACAACGAGGUGGUCGCAAGAAGCGUAAGAAGAACCGCGAAGCGCAGGAGUUUGUACAGAAUUGGGACGAUAUCUAUGACCCGACAAGGCCGAAUAAUUACGAGGAAUACAAGCAUAGCGACGAGCAGAUCGCCGAGGUUCGAGAAUGGAAAGACCGUCUCUAUGCACAUCGCAUGGCGCGUUCGCCCAGCAGAGACUCACUUAGUGACGAUGAGCGUCGGCCAAUGAACCGGCAAUUCGCCCCCCCAAGCAGCUUCGCGCCGCCUCCAAACCUCAACGACAUUCCACCAGAGCCUCCCGCGUCGCUUCCCAAUGAUCUAUCAGGUGAAGAUGAUUUAACUCGACGUGCACAAAUGACAGCAGGCAUGCCAGAUGACGCGCAACCUCCGCCGCCUGCCCCAGUUCCAAACGAUCCCACCGGGGACAAUGCCUAUGCCAGGCGCCUUCAAAUGUCUGCUGGAUCGCAGGCCCCGGUGGGAACUGCGCCACCAUCUCCUCUGGCCCGAGUUAUGGACACAAUACAGCCAUCUUCAGCAACUAUUUCUCGUGCGCCAGUCCGUUAUAACCUCCCACCACCUCCAGAAGACAUCCCUGCGUCGGAAGCGGAACUUGAAGAAGUCUUUGCCAAGGAGAAUCCUACUGAAGAUGGAGGUGAAGGUGAGGGAGAUGGCGAUGGCGAGCGCUCGCUGCGUCCCGGGCAAAAAGGAUUUGCUGAGCGGUUGCUGGCCAAGUAUGGCUGGACAAAGGGCUCUGGUCUUGGUGCAACCGGGUCUGGUAUUGUCAACCCGCUGCAAGUCAAGGUUGAGAAGCAAAAGAAGCGACCAGAUUCCGAGGGCGGUGGUUUUGCUACUCCGGCUGGUCGAGGGAAGAUUGUCGGUGGCAAGAAAAAGGCAGCAGAAGACGAGGGCAAGUUUGGUCGGAUGAGCGAGGUUAUCGUUCUGAAGGGCAUGCUCAACGGUUUGGACUUGGAUGCAGAGUUGGAAGGCGGAAACUUGAUGCAGGAAAUUGGGGAAGAAUGCUCAGAGAAGUAUGGCAAUGUUGAGCGGGUCUUCAUAUCUCGUCAUUCACAGCCUCCAGUGCCUGUUUUUGUCAAAUUCACCAACCAAUUAUCAGCUCUACGGGCUGUGAACGCACUCGAAGGACGGAUAUUCAACGGAAACCCGAUCACGGUUCGAUUCUUCGAUAAUGCCAAGUUUGAGCAGGGGAUAUACGAUGAUUAA